AAAUCCAUGAGGCCUUUGAAGAUUAAUAUUCACAGAUGUGUGCACAUUUAAAGGAAAAAUCACAGUAGUAGCCCAGGAAUUGUGACUUAUUUCAAUUGAUGUAACAGGUCCAUGAAGAUUGACGACUGUCAUAUCAUAUGGUAGGACAAAUAAAAUAGAAUAAAUCAACAAAUAUUCUUCUUUGAACUUUUUCCCAUAAAUAGAUACUCCAUUUGAUAUUUCAAAAACUUAAGGCCACUCAUAACUGUACAGAUGGACUCACCAUUAAAUAUUUAUAGAUAUUUAGUUUACUUUUUAAUUAUUAGUAUGUAAUUUUGGCUACAAUUCCUUUUCCUCACAAAUUUCCCUUCCCAAGGGAAAAAUACAAUAAGAAACACACACAUAUAUAUGUAAUGUAUUACAUAGACACUUUAAUUUGGCUUCAGCCGUAAGUGAACACUUUAACUUGGAAGCACACGUUUAGACAUCUUAACUUGAUUUCAAGUUUCAACUGACAACUAAACACUCCAAUUGAUUUACAUUGUGUCUCGUGGACAUCCACACUGAUGUGACACUUAAAUCCAUGUCUAAAUGAUGAUUUGUAAGUUUAGAGCGUUCGACUGGCAGAGUGGAGAUGAGUUGAGCUCUCCAGCUAAGGUCAAAGUAUUAAGUGUGGCUUAUGUAUUAUGCUUACAUAUAUAAUGCUAUCACCCUGGAACCUGAAGUCUAAUUCAUUAACUUCUUACCGGAAACCCACUGGAUAGUGUAACUUGAUUAUGGAAUUAGCAUGGCUGCAUAUUCAGUUCCUCUCUCAGAGGUGUUGCUGUCAAAAAGAGUUCAAGAAAUGGUCCUUCAUGGGGAGGAGCCACUAGGACCUUAUAUUUGCAGAAGCGGUGAAGAUGAUGAAAAAGAAGACAUAAUGGAUACUUCUCCUAUAAUUGAUCAAAACCUCCUGUCAUCUUCAACACCAUCAGAUAACGAACGCGAACAAGGGUUGGACAAACUUGGAUCAGCUCUAUCUUCUUGGGGAUGUUUUCAGGGAAUAGGACAUGGGAUUCAAAUUUCUUUUCUGGAUAAAAUCCGCCAAGUUUCAAGGGAAUUCUUCAAACAGCCAAUGGAAGAGAAGAACAAGUAUGCUAAAUCAGUUGAUGAUUUUCAAGGUUAUGGAGCUGAUCCUGUUCCGGAACAAGCCAUCGGAGUACAUUUGCUGUGCAGAGAAGUCUUAGAAGAUUAUUCUGAGAAAAUGAAAAUGGUCACAGAAAUUACCUCUAAACCUAUGGCAAAGUCACUGAAACUGGAAGAAAAUUGCUUCUUGGAACAAUUUGGAAAACAAGCACAAUUUGAUGCGCGGUUUAACUACUACUCACCAUGUCAGAGGCCUGAUCUGGUUCUUGGCUUAAAACCCCAUGCUGAUGGAACAGGAUACAGUAUUAUUUUGCAAGAUGAAGUAGGACUCCAAGUGCUUAAGGAUGGCAAAUGGUAUACAGUACCAAAAGAUCCUACAGCUCUGUUUGUUCUCAUGGGUGAUCAAAUGGAGGUAUACAUAAACACACUCAGUUAUAAAAAGAGAACAAAAAAAUUUGGUUUAAAAGCACUAAAAUAAGUCAUCAAUAUUAUCAAGCUUAGUGUGUUUAUUUAUUCACUUCUUCAAACGUCGAUAUAACUUAUUGAAAGUUCUGCGCACGCCACUGUGUCCCUUCCCUCCCGCCAUACUACCAUGAUCACACCUGCAGUUGCUUAGUAUAUGGCUCAACGUAGCUAUAUAUAAAAGUUUCUUUUUUUCUUUUUCCCUAUAAAUAUACAUGUAUUCUAUGGAUUCCACGUGUACUACUAGUAGUGAGACAUUCCAUUUUCCAAAAUGAAAUUGACGGGUAAUGAGCAAUGGAAUAUUCAAGGGCCUGGUGCAUAGAAUUUCUGUCGCAAUGUUCUACACACCUGAAUUAGGGAAAGAAAUUGGACCAGAAGAUGACUUAGUCAAUAUGGACAGACCAAGGAUAUACAAGAAUGUGACAGAUUAUGCAGAAACUCACUGGAAGUUUUACCAGCGUGGUUUGAGAGCACUACACACUGCACACAUUUAGUACUACUAUAUAUGUCUUCCACUGUUUUCUUUUUGUUGCAGGGCGAGUAAGUUUUUGAGAGAGGUGACAAGAUGCAGGUUCAGGUUAUCAAGUAGGGUGUGGAUAUCAAGUAUAUGACCUUAGAUAGUAGGGUGUGGAUGACACGUAUUAGAGUAGAAGAGUAGUAGGUAGUAUAGUGUUGUCUUGUUUAGGGUGUGGCUAGUGUUUGUGAUGGUACUAGUUGUUUAUUUUUUUGCAAGUGUUUUUUUAAUAAUCUGUGCUAGUAUAUUGUUUAAGAUAUUUCGAUUAUCACGUGAUUUUAUUGUUGUUA